AUGUUCUCAGAAUAUGCGUCACGCUUUCUUGCCCAGUCACAGUCGAGAGUAGCGUCUCGCCCGGACGAUCUCCAAAGAACCGGGCGAGCCUACCCAACUCAACGCCAAAGCCACUCUCGAAAUCCUUCUUCUCGCUCCUUUUUGAGGACAGGCGACCCAUACCGACCUGGAGCGUCUCAACUUUCGAACUUCCCAUUUACCUCCCGCGCUUCUGCCCAACCGGCUCCUUUGUUCUACAGCGCUACUGAUGAAUUCCGGGAGGAAGACGACGAGACCGAGCGAGAGCGAGAAAUCGCCGACUUUUAUGCCUUGCAACGAUCAAGACGGCAUUUUGGCGAUAGCAAUCUAAAGGAUUCCUCGCAAACCGACGAAGAUUCGACAAACUCGGUCGAGUUGGAUGCGGCCGGCGGCAACCCUUCCUACGAUAACCGGCCAGGCAAUGGGAAAGGAAUCAAGAGCUCAUGGCGUGGCGAGAAAGGAAUACCCGGUACUCACCAUUCUCGAAUCGAAAGCGUGCCAGAGAGGAUAGAAAAUAGUCCAGGGUCUAGCAGUAAAGCCAGAGGAAACCUGGUUGAUGUUGGGCUGGAGGAUUCAUUUCGACAUGGCGGAAGUGGUGAUCAGUCUCCAUCCGAAAUUAUCGCUGGCGGCGACCCUCCAAUCCAGAGGUUCCGAGAGCAGCCAUCAUUGACCGAGAGCCCGUUUGAUUACACUGCGACUACAGCUGUAUCGCAAUCACCGCCCGCGCACCUAAAGGCUCUCCCAUCGGAUGGUUCGAGGCCACCGAGCUCGAGCUCGACGGGUUCCUCUCCCGGGCCAAGCUCACCUCUUGCGUCAGAAGCUUCAUUACAUGACCCCUUUUGGGGUCAGUUAUUUCUGAUUGCCAUGGCCAGUGUGUUUGCCACCGCCUUUCUCGUCUACUUGCACACAUCCACUCCACCAGGAGACAAAUCCAAAUGGGGUGAUACUAUUUACUUGACCUUACACAAGUCUUUCUUCCUUCUUGGUAUCUAUACUCUUGUUGCAGUUUUCGUAUCCCUCGUUUGGCUAGCCCUUCUUCGAUCCUACGUGCGGCUCUUAGUCCACGUAAUCAUCGUCGCAGUGCCUAUCAUUCUCUUCUCCUUUUCCUUGUACCCUUUCAUCUCGAGCUUCAAAGGCUCAUGGCACGGUACAAGCCUCCAAGACAAGAUUAUGCGCUGGGGCUCUCUAGUCCCAUUUCUCAUGGCCAGCCUAUGGACCUACAACGUCCUCCGAGGUCGCCGAUCAAUCGGCAAAGCAAUCGGCAUCCUCGAAUUCUCAUGUCGAAUUUUGGCUGCAAACCCCGAGCUCCUUGCGCUAGGGUUGGUUGUUCUCGUCUGCGUGGUUUCCUGGACAUGGAUCUGGAUGCUCAUGUUCACUCGCGUAUUCCUCGGCGGCCAUCUAGCCGGACCCAAAUCCUUCAUAAUUGACUUGGGCAGCUGGUGGCUGGGUGUUUAUUUCGUCAUAUUCUAUCUUUGGUCGAUCGGGGUUAUUGCAGGUAUUCAACGCUCCGUCACAGCAGCAACCGUGAGCCAAUGGUACUUCCACCGUCUAGCGAAGCCAGCGCCUUCUUCGAGAGAGAUUGUUCAAGCGGCGGUCACGCACGCGACCACAACUUUAUUCGGUACCAUCUGUUUAUCUCGCUUGCUCGGACUAUUAGUUCGACUGCCCCUACUUUUGCUACCCAGCCGUCUUUCCUCGCUUCUGGGCCUUUUCGCCUACUCACUCAUCCCAACGCCAAUAACCUACCUGACCAACCCGCUUUCCCUCACAUAUGCCGCAAUUCACUCUCAGCCCUUAGCCGCGUCUUCGCGCGGACUAGGCCAAAUGACAAUACUAGCUCCAUCAGCCGCAACGACAUCUUUGCAUCCAAGCUCCUAUUCCCCCUCACCCCGCUCUGGCUCUGGCUCUACAUCAUUACUCUCAUAUCGACUUUCCAAAUUGAUUCUGCACGCAACACGUUUCAUGAUGUCUUUAGCUCUCGGUUUCGGCGGCUGGGUCACAACAGCUCGAAAUUUGACGAUGUCCAGCUCCAGCACGGCCGGAACGGUACGGGGCAGUUUAUACGCUUAUGUGGUGGGCUUAAUCGCCGGAACAAUCGGCUGGAGUAUCCUCGGCUCGAUCGAAAGUGUCAUUGCUGACAUUGUCGAUGCUUCGGUUAUCUGUUGGGCAAGUGAAGUUGGCAUAUAUGGUCGAGAAGCCCGAUACUGUCGUGAGGCGGGUUGGCUUUUUAGUGAUCAUGACCAUGGUGUUCGACCUGAGUAUGAUUACCACGAAGUCUAG